AACUGCUCAACUAUUGACCUAAUAACUGAAAGGAGAUUGGACCGUGCGAGUGGAGACAGUGAGUUGUGCGUAGUGUGUGGUGCGUAGUGCGUGGUUCGUGGUGCGUAGUGAGCCCAUCAGCUCGUCCUCAUCAUGUGCUACCCUACAUAUGUGGUAUCCUACAUUAUCAGCCCCCGGGCGUCCCGUCCAGGAAUUUAAAUACCGCGCGCUCUCUUCCAUAAGUCGGCAGAAAAUUAAAUAUUUCCACGGCUCUGCAUUCCCCGCCCGGCAACGCGUAAUAUGUGAGGAAUAUUGAGAGAAACACCAAGAUAUUUUAUGGAAUAUUCCGACACCGGAUAUAAAUCUAGCACUAUUUAGUCUGAAUAAGAUAAAUAGGAGCGAUGUGUUAAUAAAUAUUGUGUAUAUCGUUAUGUAUAUAGUUAUAGAUUUAUUAGUACCUAAGUCCUAGUAAUAUUCUGUAGAUAGUCGAAGAAGUUUCCUAGCCGAAGCUUUGGGUUUUCCGAUCUAAGUGUUAGAGGAUAAUUGUGUGUACGGUGUUUGUAAUUGUUGCGUGUGAUAAUAAAAAUAUAUUUCAGUUUACAAUUUUUAUACACGAUUAUAUUUUUGUUUAAAUUAACGUUUUCUCGUGGUCUAUCAGAUUUCGAGUUAUCGGUUAAAACGGGUCUCGUGUAGUAUCGAAAACUCAUCGAAGCAUUAACUUGAAAGGUUUAACAAGUUUUAACUCGACUUAAAGAUUGUUAAACUUUAAGAUUUGUUUUCUUUGGAUGUUUAUAGAUAGGAGGAUAUGGAGCUGCUUGCUGUUUCCCUGCCCUCUACCGAAAUACCCUUUCCUGUCCUCAAAUACGAUCAUACUGUUCGUCGAUAUUUGCCUUUCUAACAAUAAAGUGUAAUCUAGUGGAUGUCCAUACAUAAUUAGUCUUGAUUUUUGAAACUGUUUGCAAUAAAAUUUGUUUAGAUUUUCCUUUUCAUACUCGUCCGUUCUAAGUACGUAUGUACAUAGAUUCAGAUAACAGAGUUUUAUUUAUAAAUAUUCUCCUGUAAACUCUAGAUUUUAUGUAUUACUAUAAUAAGAUUAUGAAAGAGUACAACAAUCGAUGCAAGAUAGAAGUGUGAGUACAAUCUGCAAGAAAUACUGGAACACGCUUUAACAACGAAACUAUCUGAUUUAUAUACAUAUAAAAGGAUAUAAAAAAGCUUUUGGUUUUUUGUUGUUUGUUAACUGCGCACAAAAACAUUACAAACACCCAGUGAAAAGCGUUUAUGAACUAAAGCAAUAUGAGGAGUGAAGUACAAUAAUGGAAGUAGAGAAUAGUUCAAAGUGUGCCUAAACCUCGAGAGAACUGUUCGGUAAAACGGGUUUUCCUAAAAUACCAAAGGGAACAAACUAGGAUUCUACGGACUAUAAGCAGCUAUGGAGUUUUUAUCCCUGGAGGGACCGCCUUUGAAUACGUCGGAGUAUCUUUUAAAAUUCGACGACGAAUACGCAAUUUUGGUGAACAUUGAAGAUUUACGUUUAGAAAACAUCUCACUUGUAAACGGUACAAAUGGCACGUACGAUCCGAACAACACGUACAUCAUAUUCCGCGAGGACUCUUUGUAUCCGAGCGGGUAUUCUAUGGAGGCAAUCAUCCUGGCAUCCAUCGUAGUUACAAUGCUGAUGGUAGUGGUUGUGGUAGGGAAUAUGCUGGUCAUCAUCGCCAUCGCCACCGAGAAGGCCCUCAAAAACAUACAAAACUGGUUCAUCGCGAGCCUAGCGGUCGCGGACUUCUUCCUCGGGUUGGUCAUCAUGCCGUUUUCGCUCGCCAACGAGCUGAUGGGCUAUUGGAUAUUCGGUUCGUUGUGGUGUGACAUACACUCGGCCAUGGAUGUGCUGCUGUCUACCGCCUCCAUCAUGAACCUCUGCCUCAUCUCCCUGGAUAGGUACUGGUCCAUCACCCAGGCCAUCGACUACCUCAAGAAGCGCACCCCAGCCCGCGCCGCCAUCAUGAUCACCCUCGUUUGGAUCCUAUCAGCUGUCAUCUGCAUACCUCCACUGCUAGGCUGGAAGGUCGAACGUCCUCCUGAAGAGUUUCCUAAAUGUAUGCUUAGCAAGGACGUGGGAUACGUGCUCUACUCAGCGAUGGGAUCAUUCUACAUACCAAGCUGCAUCAUGGUAUUUGUCUACAUCCGCAUCUACUACGCAGCCAAGGCCCGAGCUCGGAGAGGCAUCCGCAAACCACAACAGAGGCCCAAGCCCUCGCAAGAGGCCCAGAAGUGCACGAGCUUCUCCAACCCCGUGCCUGCAGGACAAGUCCAGAGUCCUGUGGACCGUAACUCCAACAACUCACCCAUCGCAGUCACCUUGGAGUCCAAGCCAGUGCCGAUUCCCAUAGUGACGUGCGAUUUCGCCUCCGAUAUAAGCACUAGUGAUAACGCGGAGGGCCCCCAGGACCCGGGUGGUGGAGAACCUAUAAAAGAUACUCUUAAAGUCGGGAGUUUAAAGAUGCAAGCGGCGCAGUUCAAGGGGUCAACUCUGUCCGUGAAUGGUGACCUCGCUGCUAUGUCUCGGUGUCGAGCGCCUAGUGUAGGAAUUGACCCUGACAUGGUGUCGGAGUUCGACCCUUCCUCUUCGGACUCAGGAGUGGUGCAGAGGUGCGCGGUAGUCAAACCACUCAAGCUGCGUUUCUGCAAACCCAUAUUUGGGAGGAUGAAGUCUUCCUCUAAGGCCAAGAGGGAGACGAUAGAUAUGGGUAAGGUGGCGUCGCAGCAGGACAUUCAUCACCAGGAAGUGCCACGGAUACAGAAGCCUCGGGAUCCCGAGCGGGAAAAACGAAGGAUAGCGAGGAAAAAGGAGAAGAGAGCGACGCUGAUCCUGGGCCUGAUCAUGGGCUCCUUCAUCGCCUGUUGGCUGCCCUUCUUCUUCCUCUACAUCCUGACUCCUCUGUGCAGUGUGUGCAAUAUCCCUCCACAAGCGUUCUCCGUCGCCUUCUGGCUGGGGUACAUGAACUCCGCCCUCAAUCCUGUCAUAUACACCAUCUUCAACAAGGACUUCCGCAGAGCGUUCCGCAGGAUUCUUUUUAAGUGAUGACGGUUUGUUGGCGUUAGACUAACUCAUCUCUCUUCCCGAGCUAAGUCUGUAAGUGAAUCCUUAGUUAAAUUUAGCAUACGAGUGUGCUUCUUUUGUAACAGUUUUUAAUUGACUUUUACUUAAAUAAUGAAAAUGUUGUUACAUUGAUAUAUUUUUAUAACCUAAUCUAACUUUAAUGACGUAUGAAAUAUAGUGAGUUAAUUUAUUUUCUACGGAACAGUUUAGUUUUUAAGUAUUUAAAAUUCACGAUUAUGGUUGAUUUUAUUGAAAUAUGGAGGUUUUUGUGUGUUAUUUAUAGUUUUCUUUUAUAAACAGUGAAUACUUCAAAAUAUCUCUUGGGAAAUUGCAUC